AUGCAAAAGCCCCCUAGUUCUCUUAACCUCGAACCAAAUCCUUUUGAACAAUCGUUCGCCUCAAAGCCAGCAUCGAUCACCGGAGAUUCCCCCCUUCACGAUGGCCCAAACAACCAAAACAACAACAUUAUCAAUAACAAGGAAAGCAUUAUUAUCAACAACCAUCACAAUCAUCAUAGAAAAACCAAACUGACAACCUCAAUCGGUAGUAAUAACACUAAUUCCUUCAUCGAUAAAACCAACCCUCCAGCUAUCCAUCUCUCUUCUAACAAUUUGACUCCAGGAGGCACCAGGAAAUUACCACUUCCCCAACUCUCUCCCAAUGGACAAUUCACUCCAGGGUUCAUGAGCAAUUAUUUCAAAACGGGAUUCACUCCCAAUGAAUCAGGUCUUCGUACCGGUUUGACUCCCGGAGGAAUUCUUUCUGGACUAAGCGUGUUCACUCCUAGUGGGAACCUCUUCACUCCAAACUUUGUGAGUUUUUUGAAUUCAAAUCCGGAAAAUAAGACUAAUGGCGAAACCACAACACAUUCUACACAUCAUACAUCAACAGCAAUGCCUCCAAUAGCAGCAGCAACAGCCCCGCCGAUAACAACAACAACGACAACAACAACAACAACGACAACAACGGGUAUACCGACGAUUCCGGAACUCAAGGGAGAAAUGCCAGAGCCAAAAAUUGAGGAGAAAGAAGAAAGUGCAAAGGAGACAUUAGAGAAAGCAAGAGUUGGUCCACAACUACCACAAUUACCACCAGCACCACCACCAAUGGAUAAUAUCACCAAAAAGGAAAAAGUAUCGCCAAAGAAUGGGAUGGAAAAACCAGCGGGAGAAAAAAAACCUGCAAGAAAAAGAAAGGCGGCUGAUAAAGAGUCUAAGAUUGCGGAACCCCAAGCAUCAGCUAAGAAAUCAAAGAAAGAAACGAAAAAGACUGCAAAUAAUAAUAACAAUUAUGAUAAUUCGCCAGCCAUGGAUAACUCCGGGGAAAAUGAUGGAGUUUCUGAUGAUGAUAAUAUUAAUCUUACCAAGGCUACUGUGUUUAGAAGAUCGAAGAAAGAACUCAGCGAGGAAGAUAAACGAAAGCUGUUUUUAGAACGUAAUAGAUUGGCAGCGUCCAAAUGUCGUCAACGGAAGAAGCAAAAUAUCGAGAAAAUGAAAACCGAUCUACAAUAUUAUCAAGGGGAACACGCCAGUUUACAAGGGGAAAUCGGAUCACUCAGGAAACAAAUGGCGAGUAUUAGAAAUAUUCUAUCGAAUAAUAAGCAACAGUUGAUUGAUUCGGUAGGGUUCGAUUGCUUGAACCAACUUUUGAUCUUGAGUUCUUCAGGAGCUAACGCUGCUCCAUUGAGCACCGUGAUCCCAGGUCAAGGCCCCCACCUUGAUCAGCCAAUCCAUCCCAAUACUGCUGCCGCAGCGGUAGUUGCAGCAAUGGGGGGACCAGGCACAGCUCCACCAGCCCCUGUUGCGGUCCCUCAACCUAAGGUUACUCAAUUGGCUAAUCCUGUGGUGGCGGUGGGGCCAACUUUACUACGCCAGCCAAUCUCCUCCAAUGACCCAACCGUCGUUAUUGUACCAUCAGGACGAGCCUCGUCGCAACAACCACCACAACAAUAUAUCACUUCACCUCCACAGCCGGCCGCGGUGUUAAUCGCUGACACUGAUGCUAAUGCAGGUAAUGAUACUAGAAUAAUCCAAUCGCAAAACUUGAUCAAUGGCAUGUUACCAUUGAAUUCCAAGUGGUAA